AAACGAGAGUUGUUACGAAUCGUGAUGUCGGUGUUCGAUCCAUUUGGUAUGUUAGCAGCAUUUUUAAUUACUACUAAAAUUCUCAUUCAAGAAGCGUGGAAGUGCGAGAUUGGCUGGGAUGAAGUUCUGCCUCAAGAACUAAACAAGAUAUGGUGGCACUGGUGGCAAGAGUUUCCUAACGUGAAGCAGUUGAAAAUACCCCGCUGUUAUUCGCCGCAAAUCUUACAUGGUGGCAAGGUAGAAAUCCACACUUUCGUCGACGCCAGUCAAGUCGCAUUUGCUGCGGUAGUAUACGUUCGAGUACUUCAUAUUAAUGGAGUUGACGUUCGCUUCAUUAUGGGCAAAACACGCACAGCGCGAGCAGUUUUUUGGACCGACUCCCAGACGGUUCUGCAAUGGGUGCAUUCGUCCGAAAGAAAGUAUAAGGCAUUCGUCGGCCAUCGUAUAGCCGAGAUUCACAACGGCACAACGGCACAACGGCAAAAGAGCAGUGGCGAUGGGUGUCAACUUGUCAAAAUGCAGCAGACGUAGCAACACGCCCCUUGUGUCCACCCAAGUUCGACAGU